CAGCUCGCCUCUGCCUAUCAAGAAUUAGGCAAGGAGCUGGCUUCGGAAAAGCUCAAGGUGGUGGGGGGAUACACGAUCGGCCGGGUCAUCGGUGAAGGCUCGUUCGGUGCUGUCCACAUUGCCAUCCACCGAGGGACCGGGACACGAUGCGCCAUCAAAAAGAUCCCCAAGACCCUGUCGUCCCAGAUCACCCGCGAAAUCCAUCAUCACCGUCGUCUACACCACCUCCACAUUGUCCAGCUGUACGAGAUUAUCGCGACCGAAACACAUAUUUGGCUCGUCACGGAACUGUGCUCUGGGGGAGAGCUCUUUGACUAUUUGGUGGAACGGGGGCGAAUACUAGAGGGGGAGGCGAGGCGGCUAUUUGGCGAAUUGACGGUAGCCGUGGGGUACAUGCACGAUCAGGGAGUGGUGCACCGGGAUUUGAAGCUGGAGAAUAUAUUGCUGGAUGGGGAUUUGCGAGUCAAGCUGGCGGAUUUGGGCUUUGCGCGAGAGUGGACCAAGGGCAAAUUACUCGAAACACAUUGCGGGACGACGGGCUAUGCUUCGCCAGAGAUGCUGUCGGGAAAGCGGUAUCUCGGCGUCGAGACGGAUGUCUGGUCUUUGGGAAUCAUCCUCUACAUCCUCCUGUGUGGUGGUCUGCCGUUCGAUCACGACGACGAGCGGGUCAUGAAGGAUCUCAUACUCAAAGGAGAGUAUGAAGAGCCCGAGUGGUUGAGUCAUGAGGCCCGCUCGUUGAUAGCGUCGCUCCUUCGGCAAGACCCAACGGCACGCCCUUCCAUCCAAGACAUCUUUGCCCAUCCAUGGUUCGGCCUC